AUGUAUAAGGACAUCGAAAAGGAGGACACCGAAAAAACAGGUGAGGGAAAAAACGAAAAGGUUAUAAUCAGGGUGAAAAGAAAAGUUGAUGAAAUGAUCAUUCCGUCAAUUUACGUGAAAAGGUCCAAUAAAAGAGUAUGUAAUGGUAUAUUUUAUAAACACUUCGAUACGGCAAUUCCGGAGGUAGACAUAGAGAAAGAAAACAUCGAAUGUGUUAACUUGUUACGAAAGCAUGAACAGUGCCACAACAGUUCCAGUGACUUGUCAUCCCUUAUCGAAAAAAAGAGAAAAUUCAACUCCCUUAAGGGGUAUGAAAAGGAUUUAAAGGAAGCCAUAAAUAAUUUAAAAAGGUACAGAAUAGUGAACGAAAAUAUUCAAUACGUCAAUUUGGAUGCGCAAAAAAAGGAAAUUUACAAAAUUAUCGAUGUGAAUUUGUUGCAAGAAUGCGGAUAUGCUAAUGUGGGGGCCGAUGCGGGUGCGAAUACUGGUGGUGCCCAAAAGGAUGAGACGAAAUGGGAGUGCGCACGGAGGCAGACGGAGAAAGACGCACACAACAAGGCGGAGCAGGAAUAUGAAUACGAUUUAUACAUUGUAGAUGAUCAGAAAAUAGAGGUAAACGAUUAUAUGGACUAUAUGUACCACAUAAAAAAUAAUAAUGUGGAUUCAGCUGAGGUUAUUGUGUUGGAGGAUGUGUAUGGUAACAACACCAAUGAGUAUGACUCCAAGUCUUUCUCCUCGUCCAGCUCAGAUCAUGACACAGUGAAGGAAAUGUCGGAUUACCCCGACGAGAGUUCCAGCAAUGGUGAUGGUUCCAGCGGUGUAUGCAGUGUUGAUGGUUCUAGUGACUCUCCUGUGCGUAGCGGCAGCUACGACCGAAGCGUGGCAAAUGACCACCACCACGGAAAUAAUAUACACAACGACUGUUACGGUGGGAGUUUGGCAAGCGACUAUCACCUCGAAAAUAAUUUGCACGUGGCCUCUUCACAGGAGAACAGCUUCCCCAGCGACUUCUACGAUGAAAAUUAUGUGGAUCAGCUUAGCAACUGUAGUGAAGACAACCUCUUCGGAGAAGACUUAAAAAAUAUUGGGCAUGAAGACAACCUGUUUGGAAGUAGGCGGUGUGCUAUGAACAAUUGGGAGAGCUCCAUAAAGGUAGAGUCACCGCAAGGCGGUUACAAUAAUCACAGCGGUUACCUUGACCAAAGGGGUGUUAGCCACCACAACGCCAUCAGUAGCAGCGCCCUCAGUAGGUUUUUUCCCCAAAAGAGUACCCCCAAGAAAAACGAAAGAAAAAUCCACACGCACAAUAAAAAAAUGAACUCCUUAAUGUUUGAAGAGGAAAUAAAGGACGAGUUAGAAAAAAGGUUAAAAAAAAAAAAUGAAAAUAUGCUAAACGUAACGUUAUCGGAGAAGCUAAAAAUUCUAGAGCAGAUGGAAAACGAGUACUAUGAUAAGUAG